UCAUCUGUCAACUUGUAAAAAACCAGCACCACACAAAUUUCAUUUCCGAACAAAAAAGUAAAAUUUCUUUUUAAAUUUUCACAAUUACUUGAAUGAAAAAACCAAUUAAACUCCUUUAAUUUACAGUAUAAUUAAUAAUUUAAAAUAAAAAUGGCAGACUUGGACGAUGCAGCCGAGUUGCUAUUUUUCGAUACAUUUUCACAUGAAGUUAACUCGGAUAUAAAUCUUGAUUUAGUGCAGUUUCCGAAACCAGUGUACAUCACUCAGGUGCGUAUAAUUCCCCUGGGCGCACGAGUACAGGCCGACUUUCCGGGAGGAGUUCGUUUGGGCGCAACUAAUCCCUCGAAGUUCGGCAUUGAAUUUUUCGUCAAUGAUCUGGGAAUGCCAGGAGCGUCGACAUUCGAGAACCUUGGUAGUCUCGAAUACAACCAAAACGAUUGCAUACACUUGGAAUGUCAUCUCGAGAAGAUUCCCACUGAUGGCCUCGUCCUGAGAGGCUGGUACAGUACAAUCACUCUGGCGGUCUAUGGGACGCUAACAAAUGCCACCGUGGCCGAUCAGAUUGCCAGUCCACCUCGCGAGCCAAGUGAACCGCCCGCUCCCGAAGAAGUUCUCCUUAUUCCCGAGGAGGAGCCUAUAAAGAUCGAAAAGGCAGACUGGCGACCGGAAAACCUUCCCUUUGAAGCGGGUGCCAUGGAGGUGGAGCAGUUCGACGUCGUCCAGAGUCCAUCGGUGGGUAGUUUCCAAGAACCCGACGACACAGUCGUGUACAAGGCCGAUGUAAGGCUGCGGAAAACAUCUCAUUCUUCAGAUCGAAGUGGAACAUCGAGAACUCGCACUCACUCCGAGAGUCACGAACGCGAUGGCUACACUCGCCAAAAACCCCGGGAAUGGUCCAGAAGCCCAGAAUAUCGACAAUCUGGAAGACGCACCAGAUCCAGUGGAGGCGAUGCAUCCCACAAAUGGCCACGAACUCCUCCACUUGACUCGCCCAUCCGCCCGAGGUCCCCUGAUGUCAUGGAAAGCGACGAAUUCAAAGCAAAGCUGCCUGCCGACCCCCAACCAGCAGCGGAGGAGGAGGAAGAGCAGUUCGAGCCGAUUCUCAGUGAUGAUGAGAUUCUAGGUGACGAUGACGACGCCCAAGAAAUUGAAGACGAAAUCGAUAUCGAGGCUGCGAUAUUCGAGAGAGCAAUUAAGAUCCACAAUCCCUUCAAGACACCCCUGGACAGAUUCGAUGUAAACCUGCAUGACUUGUACUCCAAGGACCUCGAGAAUUUCGGCCUUCUGCUGAAUAAACUCAAAGUCCAAACCAAAAUGGACGACUUUCAUCUUUCCAGCGUCGACGAAAAGGAGAGUCUAGUGUUGAUCUCAGAACAGCUGAUCAAUCAGCUGCUCCACUUCCAUCAGACCUUCCGCCGGAAGACCUUCAUCCUGAAUGCAUUCUUCCAUGACAAGCCAGAGAACCUACAGCUGAUUGGGCAGCUUCUCAAGAUAGCCUUGAGUUUCGAGUGCGCCUGCCUUCAGCCUCAACCCGCCUACAAGAUCCGCCACAUAAAAACUGGAGUCCGACUGAUCGAGCUCCUGUCGCCGAGCAAAGAUAUACUCAACCAGCUGCGGAUUGAGCAGAACCUUGACCCGUUUGCCCAACUCUUUGCUCUCUACCAACAAGAGUACAUGGCACUGUCGAUCAAGCUUAUGGUCCUGAAGGCCAUCUACGCCCUCCUGGACACCAAAGAGGGCGUCCAACUGUUUAUCAACAAUGGAAAAAUUAACGGCUAUCAGCAUUUGUUGACGAACCUGCUCCAGACACCGCUGACUCGGACGAAAUUCGCCCUAAAGUCGAUUGUCAAGAAGAUGAACCUCUACGAAGCUCUGCAGAACAUACGAGAAGAUGUCACCAAGCAGUUUAUUCUGGCCGAUUCAUUCAACGUGCAGCUCUUCACUGAAAUUGAGCUCGCAAUGGGCGAAGUCAUCUCGGCGCUGAAUUCCGACGUCCUCAGCUACCACCAGCCAAAGAGAUUCCUGCCGGUCUCGAAGAAGUUCGAAAUUGUCUACGACACCGCAGCCAUGAAGAGCUACACCAGCAUGAUUGAGUCGUUCUUCAGCAUUCAUUCUCUAUGUGAAUCUAUUCUGUUGAUCUUCAGCAACAAAAGUGUGGUUCCACCUUCGUUGGUUACGAAGACAAUGGAUUUGCUGGAGGCCAUGAUGAAGACUCACGUGGGAAUCGAUUAUUUCGUUGAUGAUUGCUUUGAAGUCAGCCAGGCUCUGGUUAGUUGCCUCUUGGAGGAUCCACAAUUUGUCGAUUCUGAGGAGGUGAUUCCCGAGGAGGAGGAGCUAGACGAUGAUGAACUGAAGAAGGGGAGCGACCUCAACCACUUCCAGAAACUCGGUUUGGCUUUAGCUUUCCGGAUACAAACUCGAUACCACAUCGAUGCGAUUGUCUACACACCUCUAGUCCCCGAGGAGGCCAACUUCUUGGCCACCCACCUCCACGAGCUCUACAGCCAGACCUGUUCAAAUCCAUCUCGCGUCCAUACCGUCGAGACAAUCGCUCUCAACAACUACUUGGAGCCGAUCAUAAAAUUGAUUGAGAAAGAACGUCGCCAGCAGAAUUCCCCUGGUGUCAAGUACAAGUCUCCAGUUUUGAGUUAUGCUGUGGAUAUGGUCGACUGUUGCGUUCGACAUUGCGAUAAUUUGGACUACUUGGUCGAACAUGGAACAACUAUUCUGGAAUUGGCCAAGAACCAUGAGAAUUUUGAGCCAUCUGUGUCGGCAGUGCUGCAGGAGAUGUACGUUUAUCUGAAGCCCCUCGAGAGUGUGAAUAUCUUCGCCUACGACGACAUUACUCCAUUAGUCGAGGUCAUUACUCGCAGUCUGGAGUACAUCACCACAUUCCCCGGGGACCUGAUCAUGGGUUUGCGGAUUCUGCGUUAUCAGUGCAUCGGAGGGGGCAAGACUGCAGCCAGUGCCGAGACCACGGAGCUGAAGCAUCGCUUCAUGGCGUUGCAAUUCUACUCAGCCGAUGGAGUGAUGACUCUGUUGCACAUCCUCGAGAAGUUGUGCCAGUAUUUUGAGCAGCCAGGGCUCCAUGCUCCGGCGUUGAUGACAAUUCAAGGAGUCCACUGUUGCCAGAUAGUUCUGCCGACGUUGCAGGUGUUGAGGGAGAUGCUAACAUUUGGGAUUCAAUGCCGAGAUGUACAGUACAAGGACCUCACGUCGAUUGAGCAUCUCAUGAAGACCUACUUCCUGAUGCACUACAUUCCCGGAACGAGUCAGGCCUUCGAAGAGUCACUAAAGAUAAAGGCGGAGAUCUUGAAGAUCCUCCUGGCGUACACUCAGCCCAAUGAGGAGGAUGAGGACUUGUUGCACAAGAGUUUGUGGACUCAGAUGAUUCGAGAAGUCAUCAAAGCUAUUCUCUCCGGACCGUCGACUUUUAUUCCCGGACUCCAAGUGUUGGCGGAGUUGCUGCCAUUGCCUCUGCCACUGCCAAUCACUGGCCAGUUGCAGGACUCCCAAAUGCAACGAAUGCUCACCGAACGGAAGCUCUGGUCGGCUCAUCUACACCCAGAGAGCGAUCGUUUGGCAUUGAUGAUCGAGACUAUUUGUCCGACUUCAUUCCCCCAGUUGUCCGAUUUGCUGACCAGAGUUUGUCUGCAAUUGGCCGACUUAGCUCCAAAUAUGACGCUUCUAGUUUCAAAGACUCUAACCGAGAUGUUAUGCGCUGAGGGACCGACCGGAGCCGGAUUGGCGAGGAUUCUCAAUUUUUUUGCACAACUAACUUCGUACGCAUCGAUCAAGAGUUCAGCUUUGUCCAUUCUAUCGGGAAAGCUAUGGGAGCUUUUCCAGGGUGUUCUGAUAAAUCCCGAAGAUGGGAUUACUGAGCUGAGUUCGAAGUGCCAGGUGGCAGUUCAUAGAAUCCUUGAAAAUUUCUUUGACUCGGAGAUUUCCUUGAUCUCGCCAUAUUCCACUUCGUUGCUGGAAUUGAAUUUGGCAUCGGCUUUGCCUCCAAGGGAGCUCAUCCCAAAGAUAAUCGAAGCUAUUUUGAAUAAUUUAUUAAAUGCCGAAGUCACUGGCACGGUUACGGUGGCUGCCUCGAGGAAUCUGAUCAUUCUCACGGAGCAUGACAUCACAUUCUAUCAUCUCCGUCAGGCUCUAAUGUCCAAGCGUGAAGAAUUCCAAGGCUGGUUAAAGAAAAUCCUAGAAAUCAACGAGAGUGCAACGUUCCACGGUCUGCUAGAGACUAUUGUACUCCUUAUUCGUGGCCUAACCCACAUUGACAACUCCACAACGGACACAACUAUUCCCAAUCGAACACUAAAGAUGACAACAGCCGAGCUGACAAGUUUGCUGGGCUACAAAAAAGACAGCGAGGAGCAACACAUCCUCAAACGAAUCAAAUCAAUUCUAGAAAAAGUCGAGCCACCCAGUGAAUCGCUGAUGGCUGACAUUGAGAAGAAUAUAACCGAGUUGGAGACCUACGAACCAACUGAGAGUGAUGCGUCAUCCCCGGAGUCCAUAAACGAACCUCAUCUGCCCCAGACUGAGGGCAUUGUCACUCAGUAUGCUGCACGGCCAAUUUUCACCAUCUAUGAGUCCAACGACGAUACUCAGCUCUGCGUGCAGUAUUGGUUAGAUCCUUUGCGCAUUGACACUCUGACUAAGGAGGAUCUGGCUCUUUGCGAGCGAGUGACCUCGGAUAUGGCCGAACUGGUCACUACUUGUCUGCCAUCGGAGACGAAUCUCUCAUCGGACUGUAAGCGGGUGCUGCAUUUGUCGGCUUCGCCACAAUCGAAUCGUGAGCGAACACCAACGGCUCCUUGUUUCCGCACUCGGCGGGUAGAGGUCGAGCCGACUACUGGACGUCCUGAGAAGAAGAUCUAUAUUACCCCAGUUCGUGGAAGGGGCUUUGCCAGAGCGCCGCCAUCUCGAGGGGAUUUGUUCCGUUCCCGACCGCCAAACACUUCGAGACCACCUUCACUGCACGUUGACGACUUCUUGGCUCUGGAAACUUGUGGGGCACAGCCCACCGGUCCGACGGGCUACAACAAAAUCCCAUCUCUUAUGCGAGGAUCACGGGUAGGACGAAAUAGAGGCUCACGCAUUUCCAACGCCGGCAGCGGGCCGUACAGAAAAUCCAAACCCCACAGAACCGCGUCGCCGUCGCCAUGGGAUGCUUCCCUGGCCCCACCGCCGCCACAGCACUUCCGGACGGCCACUUCCGAGCCAGUGGUGACGCCACACUUCAGCAGCGAUCCACACUACUCGCAGUCGCAUUUCGGAGGACAACGCUCUCGAGGACGCGGCCGAAUAAGAACCUAUUUGCGAUAGGCAACAAAAAAAAAACAAAGUUUCUUUUUUUAUUUUGUUCUUCUCUUGUUUCUUAAAAUAAAGAAAAAAAUAUAUAAAUUUUA